AUGCAGCUCGGAAGAGAACAGCGGUACACGCUAUAUAAGGAUUACCAGCUACCGGACAACAUCCUCAGCAGCCACUCUAACGCCACUCGCCUUCUCUACUCUUCGCUCUUCUACCCACGUUCUACAACUCUUCUCUUCAACGCCAUGAAGUUCAUCGCCGUUACUCUCGCCUGCGUCGCCGCCGUCUUGGCCACCGACGUCCGCUACGACACCGCCUACGAUAACGCCGACCAGUCUCUCGGGACAGUCGUCUGCUCAGACGGCUCCAACGGCCUACUCACCAAGGGUUUCUCCACCUUUGGCUCUCUACCCACCUUUCCCUACAUUGGCGCCGCGCAGGCCAUUGAGGGCUACAACUCCGCGAACUGUGGCAGCUGCUGGAAGCUCACAUACGGCGGCGAGACCAUCACGGUCACUGUCAUUGACCACGCCGGAGACGGCUUCAACAUUGCCGAGGAGUCGCUGAACGUGCUCACGAACGGCCAGGCCGAGCAUGACGGCGUUAUCAGCGCCACGGCGGUGGAAGUGGACAUGAGCGAGUGCGGUAUCCCGGCGUAG